AUGGCCGACGAUGACGAGAAGCAGCAAGUGGACAAGCACAACUGGGGAAGCGAGGAGUUGUCGAAAGUGUCGGACACUCGCGAAGACACUGAUGACACGAAGCUGAGCGCCGACGCGCUCGGCAACUUGUUCAACUCAUCAGCACCAGCUCGGCCCAAAAUCAACAUCAAAAAGGAGGAUUUGCAGUUGGUGAUGAAGGAAUUGGAGCUUCCAGAAGGCACCGUCCGUGCCAAACUCAUCGAAACCAACGGAGAUGUUCGUGCGACAUUGAGAUCUCUUUGUGGACUUUGA